AUGUCCGUUUCGUCGUUAUCUUCUCUUUCGGACAACGAAACGCCUUUAAGAAGUCGAAGAAAUGAUAUCAAGCUUAACGCUUUCGAAAAAUAUGACGAUAAAGAAUUUCGUGCGCGGUUCCGCGUUUCCAAAGAAACGGUGUUGUAUUUGGAUUCUGUAUUCGGCAGCACGAUAAAACCAUUGACGAAAAGAAAUAGAUCUUUGCAGCCCGUGGAUCAAAUAUUGAUAACCCUUCGGUAUUACGCUACAGGCAGUUAUCAACGAGUUAUAGGGGACAUAUUCCACAUCGAGCAACCGUCUGUGCAUCGAAUCGUGCACAGAGUUACAGUAAAAAUAGCGAAUAUGAGAUCUCUUUUUAUAAAUAUGCCAACUGCUGAGGAACGUCUAGAAGUAGCAAAUGACUUUUAUGCAAUUGCUGGAUUUCCUAGAGUGAUGGGUGCUAUUGACUGUACGCACAUUAAAAUUAAUUCUCCAGGGGGAGCUCAAUCGGAAAGUUUCCGAAAUAGAAAAGGUUACUUUUCCUUGAAUGUGCAAAUGGUAUGUGAUGCGAAAUUGCGCAUAAGAAAUAUCAUUGCAAGAUGGCCAGGUUCUGUACAUGAUAGUACAAUUUUUAAUGACUCACCAUUGUGUGCCCAAUUAGAAAGAGGAGAUUUUACCCCUAUGGUACUUCUGGGCGAUAGUGGUUAUCCAUGUCGCCCCUAUUUGUUAACCCCAAUUUUAAAUCCAAGGACACCAGCUGAAGAAGCAUAUAACCGUUCACAAAUUAGAACCAGAAAUCCAAUAGAAAGGCUCUUUGGUGUUCUUAAAAGAAGAUUUCCCUGUCUCCACUAUGGGUUAGGUCUGAAGACUACCAAUAUUCCACCUAUUAUUGUGGCAUGUGCAGUACUCCACAAUAUUGCUAUUUCAAGGCAGGAUGAAGUAGUUGAAGAGGAUGAUCCUUUAACUAUUGUUGAGGAAGAAAUUAUGGUGCAACCCAGCAAUGAAACAAAUCAAAACUUUAUUGUGAGGACAUCGUUAGUAAAUACAUAUUUUUCUGGUUAA